AUGACCGACACGGCGGAAGCAGCCAUCGCAGGAACCCGGUGGAAAUGGGGAGAUAAGGAGUAUUGCCCGAUGGUAAAAUUAUAUUACGCCUUCAACUCGGCUAAUUGGACACGUAUCCAACAAGCCUUGUUCUUGGCAGGAACUCCUAGAUACCUACAACUAAUAUUAUCCAGCUACUUUUCAGAUAGGACACUGCUGUACGACACGGACGAAGGAUCAAAAUCCUAUGAGGACGAAGUACUCAGGAUCGAACUACCGACAGGUUGCAAACUCAUCGGCUUCGCGGACGACCAGGCGCUGCUCGUGGUGGCGAAGGAAAUCAAGGACGUGGUAACCAAUGCGAGUGAAGCAAUACGAAGGAUAUCAACCUGGAUGUCUGACUCUGGACUGGACCUAGCAGCACAUAAAACGGAGGCAGUUCUCUUCACGAGCAGGAAGAAGGUGGAGUACAUUACGGUCCAGGUGGGCAACUGCUGCAUCACCUCAAAGGAGGCAAUUAAAUACCUAGGGGUAAUGCUGGACAACAGGAUGUCCUACGGAGCGCACGUGGAGUACUCCACCAUAAAAGCUGCAAGGAUCCACGGCGCACUCUCAAGGAUGCUGCCAAACGUGGGAGGCCCAAAGGAAAGCAGGAGACGCCUUUUAGCCAGUGUCGUCACGUCGGUUUUGCUGUACGCAGCGCCUAUAUGGGCUGCGUCAGUCAGAAGACAUCAGGGGCUUAAAAAAAAGCUAGGGGCAUCGUACCGACUAGCGGCCCUACGGGUCAUAUCCGGCUUUAGAACCAUAUCCGAGGAAGCCACCCUCGUUCUAGCCGGAAUGAUUCCAAUUGAUAUUCUGGCUAAUGGAGCGGAUCUACGCAAAUCUACGCAUCCAAUCGGCAACGGGGAAGGAAUUCAUCCCGAGAGGCCAUUAAGAGGUCAGCCCGACAAGCGGCAUUAUCCUCAUGGCAGGAGAGGAGUGGAUCGGAAUAACGGUCAGGUUAGUUACCAGCUUACCCAGUUUCUUACAGGUCACGGGGGGUACAGAAAAUACCUCUAUAGAUUCGGACACGACGAAAGUCCAGUGUGCCCCAACUGCCCAGGAGCAGACGAGGACCCAGAGCACAUCUUAUACAAUUGUAGGAGAUAUCAUGCCAUCGUCGGAUCGCUACCAGAUCCAAAGCAGCUUGUGGAAUUCAUGUGUAGCUCACAGGAGCAAUGGGACUGGGUAAGCCAGUUGAUAGCUUAUACACAGGGCGACUUAAGAAGACUCGAAAAUGAACGUCGCUUAAAGGAGAAUGCCUAUAUUAGGCAACCCUUCCCCGCGAAGUAA